AUGAACACCAAUUUGCAGUCGAAUCCUGUAUCAUCGCAGCUCUUCACUUCCAUUGACAUGGGAACAAACUCUUUCAAGCUUCUUAUAGUCCACGCAGAUCCUUCUGGAAGAUCUUUCGUCCCCGUCGAGAGACUCAAAGAACCAGUGGUGUUGUCCCGCGAAUCUCCGACCUUAAUUUCGUCUCAGUCUCAGGUUCGCGCGCUCGACUCUCUACAGAAAUUCAAAAGCAUGAUCCUCUCGCACAACGUCUCCGGCGAACGGGUCCGAUGCGUGGCGACGGAAGCCCUACGGCAGGCAGAGAAUCAGAAGCAGUUCGUGGAGACGGUCUUCGAGGAUCUCGGGUUACAUGUCGAUGUGCUCUCCGGCGAAGAGGAAGCGAGGUUAGUUUAUCUAGGCGUGCUUCAGUUUCUUCCGGUAUUUGAGAAAUCCGUCUUGUGUAUCGAUAUAGGAGGUGGGUCUACUGAAUUCGUUGUUGGUAAGCGUGGUGAUGUGAAGCUUGCUGUUUCUUUGAAGCUAGGUCAUGUGAAUUUGACACAGAUGUUCAUGAAAAAUGGUAUUGGAUUGACGGAGAUGAGAGACCAUAUCCGUCAUGCGAUUGAUGAGUCGAGGUUAGCAGAUAAAUUGAAAGAAUCCGAUGGCUUUGAGGUGGUCGUGGGAUCUUCGGGAACUAUACGAGCUAUUGAGAAUGCAGUUUUCAGUGGCUAUGAAGCUGAUCUGUGUCAAUUCAACCUCGAGGGGUAUAAAAGGGAUUGGAAAUUUGGUAGAAGAGAACUGAGCAGCGUUGUAGCGAAGCUAUGCAGUGAAGGAGACGAAGAGAAGAUCCGGAGAGAAGGCUUUUUCAAUAGAAGAUCAGAGUUCAUUGUCGCUGGGGCGGUUUUGUUGGAGGAAAUAUUCAAGGAUCUCGGUAUCGAGGAGAUGGAGGUCUCGGAGUAUGCAUUAGCAGAGGGUGUGAUUGCUGAUUCUUUGGCUAAAGCUUUUGAUGGAUUAUAUGAUUUGAAUGCCAAUGCGAGGUGGCGAUCAGUCAUGAGACUUGCCACGCGACUCAAUGGAAAAAAACGAAUGAAUCAUGCAAUACACUGUGCCAACAUAGCCAAGGAGAUCUUUGUAGGUUUGAGGAAGUGCAAUGAUUUUAACGUCAUGUUAGAUGAUAAGGAUCUUGAGUAUCUUGAAGCUGCUUGUUUCUUACACAAUAUCGGAAUCAUUACAGGGAAAAAAGGAUAUCAUAAGCAGUCUUAUCAUAUCAUCAAGAAUGGGGAUCAUCUCCAUAGCUACACUGCUGAGGAACUCGAGCUUAUAGCAAUGCUUACGAGAUACCAAAGAAAGAAGUUUCCCAAGCUUGAUCGUGCACCUCUUAAGAACUUCGCUGAGAAGGCAAAGCGAAAGUUCAUAAUCAUGUGUUUAGUUAUACGAUUAUCUGUCAUACUUCAACGGACUGAGAAUAUGGAUCUCCAAGAAUUUGCAUUUCUUGAAUCUGCUGAGAGCUUCAAACUCGUGCUUAAACAACAAAACCAGGAAUCCUUCUUGAUUGGCUCUCAAGAUCAAGUAAACAAAAACUCUGAUGCAUUACAACUGGAGCAAGAAGUUGAGCAUUUUAAAAGGCUAUUCAAGAAGGAAAUGGUGGUUAUUUUUCCUUUCUGAAAAUCAAGCAGACGGGUUCUGAGCUUUACAUGCAAUGGUUCUUAGACUGAAGCUUUUCGCAGGGAGUUCUUCAUUUUCCUGGAGUCUUUUUAAUCACUCGCAGGUAGUCUAAACCCUGAAGUCGAAAAACGUCAGGUGGUCUUCCCUUGCUUUUUUCAUCAGUCAAUUUUCUUGCAGUGUUGAAACAGAAACUGAACUAUAAUUGCCUCUGGAAUCAGAGAAAGAAAAGAAACUCUCUCAAGUGGUAGAUAAGUUUCUCCUUAUUGGCCUGAGACGGUGAGCAAAAGAGACGGUGCAUCUACCAAUGUCGUCCUCUUGCUGACCUAACCUCUGUAUAGUUUGGUGCUGUACUCUCGAUUCUACUGGAAGCAAUAUUUGGAAGCUCUUAGCUUGGUCUUGUACCAGAUGUUUAUCGCUACAUUGUAUGUAUGUUUCUACUGUUUAGUUUGUAUUGUUUUAUACUUUUUCUCAA